ACGGAACAGGAGAACACUCGACGGAUUUCGUUCAAGAGAAAAGAACCGAACGAAAGACCAGGAGGAUCGAAGAAGCUCUGCUGCCUCUUUGUUGGAGCAAUCACACCCAUCGAAUCACAAAAACGACUCGAAAUCACAGGGGGUUAGAUCACUCUCAGUCAGUGCCUUGUACCAACGAUAGGGGCUCACAUCUCGAGAAUCGCUCUACUAACCAUUGCAAAAUUGCUAUUGGCCCCCGCCGAGUUCAUGGUUUGAGCCUGCUUCCAAAUCGAGAGGCCAUGUGAGGGGAGGGAGAGCCGAUUUCAAAUCGGGCGGCCCAGACACUCGUGAUUGUGUGUGUGAUUGAGUGUGUGUGUGUGUGAGUGCGUGUUUGUGUUCAGUAUGUGUGACAGUUUCGUUUUCGUGUAAACAUUGUUGACAUUAUUGAAAGGUGAAACGACAAGAUCGCUCGACUAUGUCCACAUCCUCGCCUUCACUAGUCUCAUCUUCCUCUUCGGCCACGGAGAAAUUGGCCUCGAAUAAUCAUCAUAAUGGACACCAUCGCCGCAAUGGGCGUAAUCCAGCCGGAGGCGGGGAGGACGAGGGAGGUGGAACUUCAACGGAGGAAGAGGUGGAACCUGGAGAGGCCGAGGGAGAAGACGAGGAGGACGACGACGAGGAGGGUGAAACCACGGCCCUUCACGUUCAAAAUGGCCGCCAUUCCGCCCCUCUGGCUUCGUCCACCACUGCCCUCAUAUCAAAAGCCACGAUCAUGAUGCCAAAAAUACCCACGGGCGUAGUGCGAAGGCGAGAGUCGGGUCUGACCCGAAUGCUAGGGAGCAUGACCAAGUUGCUAGGCAAGAAUCUGGCCCGAUCCACGGAUCUCUUGUUCCUGAAGACGCUCACAGGGUCCAACAGUGUCAUCCGACAACCACCUAAAGUAACCAGCGAACAAGAGGCGCCCCCUUCGUAUCUGCCCGUGACUCACGACUCCUUGCGAUUGAUCGAGCAAGCCAAAACCAUUUGUGAACAACGCAUCUACCUCGAUGAAGCCAAGGAGCUGUUCUCGCUCAUAUCCAGCAAAUGGCUACAGGCCGUCUUGGAGAUCCAUGACGAAGUGGCAGCCCAGAUUCAGAACUAUUGCGAAGGAGUCGAAUACAUUGACGGAGUGAGUUCCAUCGAGGAGGACGACGAGGACGACGACCUCAAGAGCCGAUUGUCCUCAUUACCCGAGGACAAGGAUGGCGAGACCAAAGUGGAGGAGGAGGAAGAAGAAGUCAAAGUGGAUACGUUCAGAGUCAUUGGCGUGCGGCGGAAGGCAGGACAGUGUCUGGGACUGACGGUGCGGUUGGAAGGAAUACGGAUCAAAGUGGCUCGCAUUCUCAUUGACAGUGUGAUCGACCGUCAAGGUCUGCUUCAAACCGGUGAUAUCAUCCUCCAAGCCAACGGCAAGGACGUCAAAAACCCCGAGGAACUUCAAAAGGCCAUUGAGGAUAGCGGGGAGUUCAUAGUAUUCAAAAUCAUGCCCAAUCCAGAGGAGAGUCCAACCACCGAGACCGAGCCCACUAAGUUCGGCAAAGAUAAGUUCUUUGUACGUGCCAUGUUUGAUUACAAUCCUGGUGGUGAUAACCUUCUUCCUUGUCAAGAUAUUGGCCUUCCAUUCAGGCACGGAGACAUCAUGGAGAUUGUCAAUUGGUCGGAUCCCAGUUGGUGGCAAGCUCGCAAAGUCAAUUCCAAAGAGAGACCUGGGCUGGUUCCAUCGCAAGAUCUCGAAGAGCGUCGGCAAUGCUUCGUCAAGAACGGAUUCGUGGCACCCACCACGUGUUGCGGGACAACAGGUCGCCGUGAGAAGCGCAAGUAUGAGUACCACGUACGCAAGAAUCUGGACUUUGACAAGGCCGAGCUAAUGUUGUACGAGGCCGUGGAGAAGAUGCCUCCGUUCAGUCGGAAGACUUUGGUGCUCGUGUCGCCCCAGGGAUUACCCAAGCAAUCACUUAUCCACAAGUUGGUGGAUUCCAAUCCAGACAUGUAUGGGACCACCGUGCCAUUGACGAGUCGUCCCAUGGGAGACUACGAGAUCGAUGGCGAGUCUUGCUGGUUUGUGGAUCAUGAGCGAAUGCUCGAUGGGCUGGAAAACAACGAAUUCCUGGAUGUCGGGGAACAUGACAAUUAUCUGUUUGGAACCACCCUCGAAUCCAUUCGAGGGGUGAUGUCCGAGAAUAAACUGUGCGUUUUGGACGUGAGACCUGAGGCUCUGAAGCUUUUGCACAAUUCCACCGAGUUCUUACCGUUUGUGAUAUAUUUGAACCCUCCUCCACCGGACGAUUACAAGGCCCUCAUUUAUAACGGCCGCGCCAGCCAGAACAUUGAACUUGCCGACUCUCGAGCGAAACGGAUGGCCGAGGAGAGUGAACAGAUUAAGCGCGAGUUCCAAAAGUACUUUGACCUUGAAUUUGACUACGAAGACCCGGAAUCCACGUUGGACAAGAUCCUUGGCUCGCUUCAAAAAUUGAUGUCAGAGACCCAAUGGGUUCCGCGCAAUUGGGUCUAUUCUUGAGAUGUUUUUUUUCCUGUGGGAGGCAAUCCUUCUUUGCCUGAUUCUUCACGCGGUUCCUGACGAAAAAAAUGAAAACUGGUUGCCUUUCCAGAAAGAUCCAUGGUUGGCUGGUCUCUUGAAUGAUGGACUGAAACGUCCGACGUCAGUUCGUGCUCCAAGACAAACAAAAUAUCAUUUUCUAUUUCAUAUUGUCAAGUAUUAGGCUCAAUUCAAGAUUGUAAAUAAAUAUUGGAAUACAA